CCAUAUUCAUGUGUUGGCAUUUCGUUCUCCCAUUGAUAAUCAAUUACAUAUUAACAAUAAAUUUGGAAUUAAGAACCCUAAUUAUUUUCGUGACUAGAAGCAAUCAACAAUCAAAUUUUCACUGAAUUUUCUUCACCAUAUUCAAUUUCUGAUGCAGCUACCUUCAGAUUAUCAGUAGUUGAUCUUCAAGGGAAAAAAUGGCAACUCUUCAAGAUAUUGGUUACUCAGCAGCUGUUAAUCUUCUAUCUGCAAUUGUAUUUCUUCUUGCUUUUGCUAUUUUACGUCUUCAACCCCUUAAUGACAGAGUUUACUUUCCUAAAUGGUAUCUUAAGGGGAUUAGAGCUAGCCCAACACGUUCUAGGGCAUUUGUAACUAAGUUUAUCAACUUGGAUUUCAAAACAUAUAUAAGGUUUUUGAAUUGGAUGCCUGCUGCAUUGCGAAUGCCCGAACCUGAGCUCAUUGAUCAUGCAGGCCUUGAUGCUGUAGUCUAUAUUCGGAUUUACCUUCUCGGAUUGAAAGUGUUUGUACCAAUAACUAUACUUGCUUUUGGGGUACUGGUGCCUGUCAAUUGGACUGGAGAGACACUAGAGCAUAUCAAAGAUCUGACUUUUAGUGAUAUUGACAAAUUGUCAAUAUCAAAUAUUCCACCUGGAUCCAAAAGGUUCUGGGCGCAUGUUGUAAUGUCAUAUGUCUUCACAUUUUGGACUUUCUAUGUAGUCUAUAAAGAGUACAAGAAAAUAGCUCAUAUGCGCUUGCAAUUUCUAGCAUCUGAAAGCCGUCGUCCUGACCAAUUCACAGUUCUAGUGAGGAAUGUUCCUCCAGAUCCUGAUGAAUCAGUCACUGAGCAUGUUGAACAUUUCUUUUGUGUAAAUCAUCCUGACUAUUAUCUUACUCAUCAGGUGGUAUACAAUGCAAAUAAACUUGCAAGCUUGGUUGCAAAGAAGAAGAGUUUGCAUAAUUGGUUGGUUUAUUACCAGAACAAGUACGAGAGAAAUCCUUCGGUGAAGCCUACCAGAAAGACAGGUUUCUGGGGUCUCUGGGGGACUAAAGUGGAUGCAAUUGACCACUAUUCAUCUGAGAUUGUAAAGCUCAGCGAAGAAGAAGAAAAGGAAAGAGAAAGGGUGUUGAGCGAUCCUAAGGCAGUAAUUCCAGCAGCAUUUGUUUCAUUCAAAUCCCGAUGGGGAGCAGCUGUCUGUGCUCAAACUCAGCAAUCUAGUAAUCCAACAAUUUGGUUGGCAGAGAGGGCUCCCGAGCCCCGUGAUGUUUAUUGGGAUAAUCUUGCGAUACCAUAUGUUUCACUCACCGUACGAAGACUACUCAUGGCAGUUGCCAUUUUUUUCCUGAUCUUCUUUUUCAUGAUUCCUAUAGCAUUUGUUCAGUCUCUAGCCAGCAUUGAGGGAAUAGAGAAGGUUCUUCCUUUCUUGAAACCUUUAAUUGAAAUGGAAAAUGUCAAGUCUUUAAUUCAAGGAAUCCUUCCAGGCAUAGCUCUGAAGAUAUUUCUUAUUAUACUUCCAACAAUUCUUAUGUUCAUGUCCAAAAUAGAAGGAUUUACAUCACUUUCAUCUUUAGAUAGGCGAUCAGCUGGAAAGUACCAUUUGUUUCUUCUUUUUAAUGUGUUUAUCGGCAGCAUUGUUACCGGAACUGCAAUGGAUCAGCUCAAAACUUUCCUUAACCAGUCCGCGACUGAGAUUCCGAAAACCAUUGGCGUGUCAAUCCCUCUAAAAGCCACCUUCUUCAUUACUUACAUAAUGGUUGAUGGCUGGGCUGGAAUUGCUGCAGAGAUCCUUAGAUUGGUGCCGUUAGUGAUGUUCCAUUUGAAAAAUACAUUUCUGGUUAAGACAGAACAAGACAGGGAUCAAGCAAUGGAUCCUGGUUGUGUGGACUUUGCAACAUCUGAACCCCGGAUACAAUUUUAUUUUUUGCUCGGACUUGUUUACGCUGCUGUCACACCAUUACUUCUUCCCUUCAUCGUCGUCUUCUUUGCUUUUUCCUAUAUGGUGUUUCGUCAUCAGAUUAUAAAUGUAUAUAACCAAAAAUAUGAGAGCGGAGCAGCAUUCUGGCCAGAUGUGCAACGGCGAUUGAUAAUUGGUUUAAUAAUAGCUCAGCUCCUUUUGUUGGGACUGCUGAGCACGAAGGAUGCCGAAGAAUUAACACCUGUGCUUAUUGCACUGCCUAUUCUCACAAUUUGGUUCCACAUCUUCUGCAAGGGACGUUUUGAAUCUGCAUUUGUAAAAUUCCCAUUACAGGAUGCUAUGGUGAGAGAUACACUUGAACGAGCCACCGAUCCGACGUUGAAUUUACGAAUAUAUCUGCAUGAUGCAUACAUACACCCAGUUUUCAAGGGUGACGAAUGGGAGAGACCGCAAGUAAUAUGUGAAGAGGAAAACAGUCCACUGGUUGCAACAACAAGAUAUUCUCAUAAAACUACUAAAAAAUCGGGCCAUAACUUGAGCUACAAGUGUCGGAAUUGAAUGAUUUCAAAACUCACCGAUAGCUCUAUAAUUUUUGUGAAGGAAUGAAGAUCAGAAUGUGGGCACAACAUGAUAUUGGAGGAACAAUGAGAGUUAUAAAGUACACAAGGAAUUUUUUCAGAUUUUCAAGAGAGGCUGAGCUGAGAUUAUUAAAGAAUGUACAUGAACAUCAAGUGAGGUUGAAGAUUGAAAAACGUUUCAUGAAAAUGAAUUUUCGGCAAAUAAUUAUCUAUGGUCCCUAUUUUUUGGGUUUUGAUCACCAAAAUCCUUGAAUUGUAAUUUCGGUACACAAACUUUCUGAUCUUUGAUUUCAAAUUAAUAAAACUUCUUCAUGCUCA